AUGGCAAGAUUUAUUUUAGCUUGUGAAACAUUUGCCAUUGUGCUUCUUACUUCACUACUGACAAAUUGUACUACUGCACGUGGCCAGGAGAAAGUGAGAGGAAAUAAUAAUUACCCACCACUUUGGGAUGAUGUUCCUGAUUCACUGAGUGGUUUUAUUACCACCCAUAACAAAACUGUUAUCAAUCCUUGGAAUUACCUCGAACGAAUGGGAAUGUAUAAAAUACUUCUGAGUGUCACAGCUAAGUACAUGAGUAGUUUUGGACCCAGCAACACAGGAAAUGCGUUAUGGGGGCUGCCUCUGCAACAUGGCUGGCAGUUUAUUACAGGUAGAUUAGCAGACCCAUCCAAUGUAUCAUCCUGUGGCCAAGAGUUUGGUGACCCACUGUGCAUCUCCACAAGAAGUUGGUGGUCUUGCAUGAAUUACUAUCUGGCUACAAUACCCUUUCUGGGAGCGGUUGAAGCAGGCUUCUUUGAGGACUGGCCAUUUGAAAUAAAAAUAUUGCCACCUGAAGAACAUGUGGAUAAUUUUUGCUACACUGCAGCUGACUGUCAUGUACUGAACCCUGAGAUGAUGGCUAAAUGGACAACAUUCUUUCAGUUACUGAAAAAAGCAAAGGAGCUUCGCCAAAUCAAUCUGUUACCCAUCAUGUCAUCAGAAGAGGAUAAUAUCUGGCAACGUCUGUGGAUAGCACAUGUAGCAUCAAUUGAAACUGCACUUCCAAAAUUUUCUGAUAGAUUGGCGUACAUUUCAGCUCCCGAAGCACAGUUUGGUGUCAGCUGGGCCAAUGCAGUAGAAUUUAUUGCUGCUACUCAUUUUCCAACAAAUUUCAAUCAAACCAAUACCUUUCAAGUAUUUCUGCCUCAACGGAUGCUGUUAGCUGGAGAUAAGGCACCAUCUAUUCCUGACCUGAGUAAAGAGCAGAACAGGGCCUUGGUUGCUCUUGACAUUUUACAGAAAGGAAACAAAUUGACAGGUGGCUGGUUAUUGAAAGUGUGGAGGAGGACCAUGUGCUCAGAAAAAGGGAGAGCAGAAGGUCGGAACCUGCUGGAAAAUAUUGUUGCAAAUCCUGACCUCAUUUCAUCCGGGAUACGCAAUCUUCUUUUGGAAUACUUUAAGAAUCAUAACUGUACUACGAUUGAUACAUAA